AGUUUUCGGCAGUCUGUAAAAAGACAGCUCAAGUUUCUUUUCUUUUCUUAAAAAAAUCGAUUUGUACAAUUAACUGCACGACAGCUCAUUGCCAUUUAGUUGUUUUUUUUCUGUGCCAUUCAAACCGAACGCUGUGACGUCGUGUCUGUUUUAUUUUGUGUUGUGCAUUUUCACAACAUUACAUGUGCAAUCCUUUGCAAUAGACAGAGAGCAUCAGAUAGCUGUCUAAAACAUAUGGAUCCGUGUUCACUGUCCACUUUGGCCCCAAGAAAGUCGUGGUUCUUACCGGCUUCAAGACUGUGAAAGAGGCUCUAGUCAACCAUGCAGUGGAGUUUGGAGAACGGGAGAUAUUUCCAUUGUUUUAUGAUGUCACAGAAGGCCAUGGAGUCCUGUUUUCCAAUGGAGACUCGUGGAAGGAGAUGAGACGCUUUGCUUUAUCCACCCUUCGGGAUUUGGGGAUGGGAAAACGAGGAAGUGAGGAGAAGAUCAUUGAGGAGAUCCACUACAUGUCAGAGGUGUUUGAAAACUUCAAAGGUGAACCCUUUGACACGACUCGAGCAGUGAACUACUCAGUCUCCAACAUCAUUUCCUCCAUCGUCUAUGGCAGUAGGUUUGAAUAUGAUGACCCAGAAUUCCAAAGGUUGGUCAACCUAGCGAACGAAAGUACCGUCCUUGCCGGUUCGCCUGCCAUCCAGCUGUAUAACAUGUUUCCAAGGCUGGGUCCUUGGCUGAAGGACUGGGUUACCCUGAUGAAGAUUGUUAAGACAAACAUAGAGCAGGUGAAAGGUCUGGUGAAGAAUCUACAGGAGACUCUGAAUGCUGAGGACAGGAGAUGCCUUGUGGACUCCUUUCUAAUCCGACAGCAGGAGAUUAAGAAAUCCAGGGAGCAAGAAUCCUCCUACUACCACGAGGAGAACCUCAUCAUUACAGUGUGCAAUCUUUUUGGAGCUGGAACUGACACUACUGCGACCACACUGCGUUGGGGCCUGCUGCUUAUGGCCAAGUACCCCCAUAUCCAGGACCGUGUACAGGAGGAGCUGGACAGGGUCAUUGUUGGUCGGCAGACUCGAGUGGAGGACAGGAGGAACCUGCCGUAUAUAGACGCGGUCAUCCACGAGAUACAGAGACUGGCCAACAUUGUUCCAAUGAGUCUCCCUCACAUCACAAGCUGUGACGUGGUCUUCCAAGGAUAUCACAUCAAGAAAGGGACCACUGUCAUCCCGCUGUUGACGUCUGUACUUUAUGAUGAGAGUGAAUGGGAGACUCCCCAUACCUUCAACCCCGGCCACUUCCUGGACGAUCAGGGCCGAUUCAGAAAGAGGGACGCCUUCAUGCCCUUCUCUGCAGGGCGUCGGGUGUGUCUUGGAGAGAGUCUGGCCAGGAUGGAGCUCUUCCUCUUCUUCACCUCACUCCUGCAGAAGUUCCGUUUCACUCCACCUCCUGGGGUGUCUGAAUCUGAUCUGGACCUCACUCCAGCAGUUGGGUUCACCCUCAACCCCUCCCCUCACAAACUGUGUGCUAUAAGCCGAGGCUGAAGAUCCUGGAUUCUGAUGGUUUGAAAGGAACCGUUUUGUAUUAAAAUGGAUGGGAGAGGGAUAUAGGGCUCUCGAAGGAACAAACAGGCACGCUUACUGUAGGUUCACCCAAAAACACUCUAAUACAAGUAUACUUAUACAAGAUAACCUCGCAUUAAAAUCAAUAUCAACAUAUCAAUUAAAAGCAAUGCAAAAUAACCUUGUAUCACGAGAUAUAGAAUAGCAUAUCAUACAAACUAAUGUAUAUAGGAAAGAAACAAUUACAUAAAGAAAAUGCAAAUUAUUAUCACGAGCUGUGAUGAUUAAUCCCCAUAAUCAAUUAAACGCAUAAGCAGCUGCAAAACUAUUUACAAUCGGACGUGCCAUCAUCACCCACCUUCACACACGGACUGGGGAGCCCCGUUCAGUCCUGGCAGGAGACCCGUGAGUCCCGAGAAAGUGCCGGGCGAUGCGCACUCUAUCCCACGGCUGAGCUCCGGUCAGUACUGAGUUUUCCCCCAUGCUUUAUACUAAAAUAGGUGCUGCCUGUGGGCAGGGGACGAGCUGGCCAGGCUCACCCCUUCCCCCCAGGCAAUGCGUUAUCCAAUUUCCCCUUUUGUCCAAGUGGUGCUGCUUGUGAUAAUUUUGUAAGAUAGAUGUCCUGGCACCAUGCCUUCCUGCGCCCCCGGGAGGCAAUUUAAGGUGCCGUAUACUGACCCUCUCCUGUCUCCCGGAAACCAAGAUUAACAUCCUGGCGAAAUUUAUGGCGAAAUAGGUUUUACGGGGGAUCGGUGAAGAAUAACAUGUUCGUGCAGUUCAGUAACAUUCGGGUUGAAUCAUGGAUGAUUGAUCUGAAUUUCAGGAUGAUCAGUCCCCACACGAUCAGAAUUAAUCCACAAUUACGAUUUCCCAGAAUAUUAUAGUAAAAGGAUUAAUUGUAUGCCACGUGGGUGACGUAAUCGUCCGUGAAUUAAUCGUAAUACACGUUUUUAUAUUGCUGCAUUUCGCGUGUGUGUUUGCCCGUGUCUUGUGUGUACCCGGUCCAAUCCUCUCGUGUAUUUAGCUUGUAUAGAUCUUCCACCAUGUAUCCGUCUUACAGUUCGGUGUCUGACAACCUUGUCUUUCCUGUGUGUAAUUGGUUUGGUGCUCGUUGGGUGUCUGAUGUGUCUCUCUUUGCUCCCGCAAUGCUUCGGUCCGCCCGAUGCCACAAUGUACUAUAUGGCAGUCUACUUGUUGGAAUAGUUACACAAGGUAAGACAUCAAACUUAGCGUACUGAGAAAUGCAGAAGAUGGACUGAAACCACAGGAAGCACGGCAAAGCAUGCUUCCUACGCAGAAGAAUUUAGUUGCAGCCCCGUGACCGUAUCGUUUCGUAUGUCACCUUCCGCCACUGACAUGUAUAAAUACUAUAAAUAAAGUUAUCACUCAGG